GAAACAUGAAUGAAUUCGAUGGUAAGAAAUUCUAUGGAUUUUCGCUGCACAAUGACCCAGAAUUGAUUACGACGACAAGAAACUUUGAAUUUAAGUACGCCCGCCCCGAGCACUUGGAGCGCGCCAUACUGAAGGUGCAACACAACGUGACUGAGCAUGACAGACACCGCAAAAAGGACAUCUUGAAUCGACUGUGUAAGGCAAGGAAAAUAACUGCCGUUAGCGAUGUGAAUACGCCUUAUUGUCGCGACGCAGAUGUCGAGACACAAGUUUCGCGCAAUGAUGCCACAGGACGCGUGCGCAAUUUGAGCGACAUUGAAAUCAACCAUCUGAUUGGUAAAGUGAAGAGCUAUGGCGACCUACGCAAGCAGAACUCAACCGAUACUUACGCGAAAGCUAAGGAUACCACAAAAACCGUAAAUCCACCAUCCGCAUUAAAGGGGAUUUUGCGACAAAGGACAUACGAAUUUCCUAGUGGCGGUAGCUUAGGUAACGCUUACCACUGUGGCGCGCGCCAAAGCCACAUGGGUGAUGUUUGCGUUGGCGUUGAUGACAACGGUGAUAGUGAUACAUUUUUUUCGGAGCCCACCUCUGAGGACCAAGUAGUUUAUCAUCCAUUCGACAUGCCGCAGGAAUCGUUAUUUGAGACACACACCAUGCAAAUGCCACAUAUGCGACGUGAGCUGCACAGCGGCUUAAAUAAGCUGCCCGAUGUGCCGGAAGAAGAUGAGUUACUCGCAUCAAAAACCGUAAUGCCAACGAUUGUUGAGGAAUUUCGGCAGCUUGAACCCAGGUGGGUGGAAAUUUGUGAAGUGCCAGCAAAAGCGACAGCUCAAUUGAGUGAAAUCAAAAUGCAAAUAGUCAAUGAUGGUGAAACGUUGGUGCAUAAGGAGUCUUCUCCCGAAAGAACCGAGCGUUUGCCAACCGAUGUCAUGUACACAAUGCAUUCGCAUGAGUUACAGCUGCCGCUACAAAUAAAUGCGCCGGAAAUGAUGUUGAAGAAUCAACCACCAACACCGCCUAGUCUGCCGAGCAUGACAGUUCCUUAUCAGCAAAGCAGCUACGAUGACAACGCUUCGACGUAUGACGUGGAAGAUAGUGAUCUCGAAUACGAGAUGAUGGGACGCGCUGAAUAUACGAAACUGUGUGGCCAACGCCCAAAAACCAUCGAGGAACUGAUCAACGAGUCGAAUAACAGCGAAGGCCUAGCACAAUUCAUCGAAGUCGAACCGGCGAUUGGCAGCCUUAAUUUAAGUUUGCUGAAGAAUGUCUCACCAAUACGCUACUCGGACGUGACCGAUGACCGCGAGGAGGAUAAGACCGCCGCUGGUAUAAAUCAACAGAUGAGAGUGUCCAUCAAUAAUCGUGCCAUAAAAUCGCCUUCACCAUCGCAAGUAAAGAAGGCAGCCAUAUCGCCUGUUAGGGAAGUAAAGAGAAAAAUAAUAAAAGCUCGAAAGAAGCCAGUUGAAGAGGUCAAAGCCAGUCCACGUAAAAAGUUGUCAGCCCCUGGCGCUGAUUUCUCACCGACAACUGAGAAGUCCACACGCACGAGUGGAAGAAAAUCUAGACCAACAACACCGAAGCAACACAAAGAUCGCAAAAGUCAAAAUAUCAGCUCCAACGAGUUGCGUGCUAUGAAAAAUAUCGUACUAACCAAAUCGAUUGAGGAUCUUAAAAUGGAAAAGAUGACAAUAUUUGCAAAAAUGACCAGCAUGCAAGAGCGAAUCAUUGAAACAUUGGAUAAGUUGCGUAUCAGCCUAUCAGAGCUUUAUGUACCGGAUAGCCACCAUGAGAAGACAAAGCGUCAAAAAAAUGCCUUCGAAUUCUCUGUAAGAUUUUCACGCAAUUUUCUGUAUCCUUUAAAAGGCAUGAUCGAGAAUCUACACAUAGUUUCGGUGGAACAAUUGUGCAGUGCCUCCUCAAAUGAGGCCACUCAACGUGUGCUCAAUAUUUUUUCACUUAUUCACCAAUCACUGCAGACCUAUUACAAGCAAUUGCGUUACUUUUUGCUCGAUCAGGUGCCGCAAAAGUUGCAUACGCUCAUUGAGUUGGCAGCAACAACGGUGAACAUUUGCCUGGAAAAGCAAAUCUUCGAUCGAAACGAUGCAAUAAUUGAGUGUUUACAAGAUCGUUGCACAAAAUUUCUAGGUUUUCUGGAGGAUAUGCACGAAGAACGUUUCCUUACGGCGCGUGAUAAUUACCGUAAAGCAAGUUUUCAUAAGACUGCAUCCAAUUAUAGCCUGAAAAUGUUUAUGAACGAUCUAAAUAUGUACGAGCCAAAAUUGGUGCCGAAAAAUCAUUAUAACCUUCGGCGCAAUCCCAAACAACGUCGCGUCUCAAAUCCUAGCGCGAAAAAUACAAACAUAAAAACGAAGACGAAAACAAAAAUCCACACAACAGCUCCAGCAACACCCAAAACAUCACACAUGGUCAUCAUAAAGCCCGAUGGGGAUCAGAUUUCAACUCAGAUCAACGAGUUAACAAACAGCUCGGGUAUCAUUCAUAGCGUAACAGAUAUAUCAGUGCCACCUGCUGAGCCGAGUAUGAAUUCCGAUAAGCAGCCCAACUUGAAUAAGGCGCUCGUCGAGGCAUUGCAAACUGUAACCAAAGAACAAAUGCGACAAGUGCUCCAACCUAUCAUGCAGACGCUGGGUACGGUGCUCGAGAAGAAGGUAAGUGUAUAAUCUUA